AUUCGAUGUAAUGCUCGCCCAUUAUCGGAAGCGGAGAGCAAAACAAAACUGAAAAAAAAUGGAAAAUGAAGAAAAAAGAAGCUAAGAAAGACAGACAGCGCAGCAUAAAGCCUCCCCUUACUCAACCGUCAAAGGCAAUUGAGACGUUAGCCUUUUUUUUUCUAACUGAGCGUGAACGCCAUCGGAGCUGGCGUCAUCUUUUCCAUUAAUCGGAUUUGUCGAGUUAUUUCUACGCUACUUUUCCUCCCUCAGAACACAGCUCUUGUCGCCUAUCAUUCCACCUCUUUCAAGUUCUCGUUUUCGUGGCCAAACAAAACCCUAAAUUUGAAAAUUCUCUUGUAUCUCUCCCCUAAUUUUCCCCAACAUUGCCCUGGUGAGACUUGGUAUCUCCAACUAACUCAUUAUCUCGACCUAGAUUUCCACAACUUUUCAGGCAGUUUGCAAAUGGUGAAAGGUAGCAAAGGACAGCGAUGCCGGCAAUUCAGGCCAACCCCAUACUCAUUGCCCUAUCGUCGUCAAGGGAUAUCUGGCGAUUUGUACCCCAAAAAAUGUUCCAAAGCUUUGGAUAAGAAAGACUGGGAAGAUGCAACAUGUUCUGUUUGCAUGGAGUACCCUCACAAUGCUGUUCUUCUUCUCUGUUCAUCCCAUGACAAGGGCUGCCAUCCCUACAUGUGUGGAACUAGCUUCCGAUACUCGAACUGCCUUGACCAGUACAAGAAGUUCUACACUAAAGUAGUCUCAUCCAAUCAUGAAGAACCCCUGCAUAGUUCCAUUGGUAAUCCAGUUCUUUCGACAGGUUCCAGUUGGCCUGUUGAGAAGUGUGAAGUGACAGAACUUGCAUGUCCACUUUGCAGGGGUCAGGUGAAAGGAUGGACUGUGGUGGAACCUGCAAGGGAAUAUUUAAAUGCUAAAAAGAGAAGCUGCAUGCAGGAUAACUGCACCUUCAUUGGGACUUUCAAGGAACUAAGGAAACACAUGAAAGCAGAUCAUCCAUGUGCUCGGCCACGCAUAGUGGAUCCUACUGUUGACCAAAAAUGGAGAAGGCUUGAACGGGAGCGGGAGCGGGAGGAUGUGAUCAGCACAAUCAGGUCAACAAUGCCAGGGGCAAUGGUUUUUGGUGAUUAUGUAAUAGAAGGAAAUCAUCAUGGUUUUGAGACAGAUGAUGAGGAUGGUCUCAAUUCAUAUGCUGCAGAAAGGAAUGGAGGCUUUGAGGUAGGUUUAGAUAGUAAUUUUAUGAAUUUCUUUCUUCUGCUGCACGCAUUGGGGCCAUCAGGCACCGACCUUGGUAGACGACCAAGGCGGCCUGCACAUGCAGCAGACGUGAAUGCUGUUGGUGUCCGCCACACCGCUUCUGUUGGGGAUCUGGGUUUCUCUGAUCAAGGUGAUGACAAUUUUAGUAAUGAUGAUGAUGAUGGUGGUGGCAAUAUUUCUUUGGUUACCCGACUCCGCCGCCAUGGAAGACUUCUUUUGGGACGUUCAGGCAGAAGACGGAGACGAAGAGAAGCCAUUGGAGGUCAAACAUAAGAUCGAAGUGGUACCUAUAAAGGAGGGGAAAUGGGAAAGGUUACUUAUCUCCAUAGUAUUAUUUGGCAAAAAUUAGUUAAAACACAUAAAAUAUUGGACUUUAAAUUGGCACUUAUUUACUUCACAUUCAUUUUAGGGGGGGCAUGUUAGAAGGUUGGGUGGGAAAGUAGUGGUGGAAAAGAUGACUGUUUUCCUUUGUUGUUGUGCAAUCAUUUGGAUGUGUUCAUAAUUCCUUUACCUCUCCUCCUUUUAGUUGAAUUCUUCUGCAAUGUAAACAUGUAAUUUCAUCAGUUAACUUCUGUUAAUCCUCUUUCCCCUGUAUAUAGACUCGUACUGUCAAAAAGAAACCUCAGGCCUUUUCACAGGAUGGGGAUGCAGGAAAACAAUGCAGAUUGAAAAAGUCUUCAAAUC